UAUGGAAAAGAUAAUCUUUCUCGUAUUUGCAUCUUCACUCUUCGCGAAUGCAACAGUUAUUUUAGACAAGGAUUGUGAAGAAACAGCUAACAUUCACACUUGCCAAGAAGGUUAUGAGAUUGUUAGCAGUUUUAUAGAUGAACGAGUGUGCUGGAUAAAAAACUGCAGAAAAUGUCCUGAAAUUGAAAUUGGUUGUUUAUUUGGUCCAUUAACCUUUGAAAAGAAUACUUGUAAACCAAAGUGUAAACCAAAUCCUUGCGAUGUUGCAAACUGUCCUCCUGGAUAUGGUUGUCGUCUCAGCUAUCGUACCCAAAAUGGAAUACGCGAAUACUAUUCAAGAUGCUAUGAACGAGAACGUGUUUGCUUUCAACCACACACUAAAGACGACUGUGGAAAGAACAUAACUCGCUAUUAUUAUAAUGACGAUGUUAAAGAUUGUCUACCGUUUAUUGAUACUGGUUGUGGGAAAAGUGAAAAUAAUCAUGUAAGCCUACAGUCUUGCCGUAAAAGUUGCUAUGGAUAUAGAUGUAAGCUAUUCCGCUGUCGUUCGUGUCCUCACGGCUAUAAAUAUGAUGAAAAGGAUUGUCAAACUUGCGAGUGUCUUCCUUCACCUAGAAUCUGCUCUAAAAUUAGCUGCAAUGUUUGUCCUAUAGGUUAUAAGAAAGAUAGAUUCGGAUGUCAAACUUGCGAAUGUCUUGAAGCGCCAAUGGCAUUGAAAUGUAUACAGAUAGACCAGGAAGGGAAAACUUUUCAGAUUGAUAAUCCUAAUUACUUUUACGAUCGAGUUGAUAAAAGAGGUUGUACGGCUGGACCUAGAGGUUACAGUUCGCUUGAUGACUGCCAAAAGUCUUGUCAAGGAAGGACACCUCUUAUAUGCAAAUCAAAGAAAUGUAACAGUAUUUGCAAAUAUCGUGCUAUUGAUAAGUAUGGAUGUCCCACAUGCGUGUGUCCAAAGGUUGAUACAUGCAAAAAUGUGAAAUGUGCAUCUGGGCACAUUUGUAAAAUACAAAUAUUAAAUGACGGAUUUUACAAUGAGAUUUUUAAAUGCGUGGAAGAUGGAGAGUUUAUAGAAUAUAUCGAACAGAUAGGACAGAUAAAAGAUAUACCAAGACGCAAUAUACCAUACAGUCCUUUGGAGAAAAUUCAUAAAAAGAUUAAAGAAAUAAGCACAAGAAGCUUGAUUGCAAUAGCUAUUGGCUUUGGACUUGCCUUGACGGCUGUAAUAACAACUAUAGUUUUUAUAUCAUCUGGAAAAUAUAAAACUCUAAAGAAUGAUACAAAACAUCCAUUAGCAUAA